AUGAAUGAAAACGGACAGAAAUUGCUGGAAUUCUGCUGCCACCGCAACUUGUGCGUGACAAAUACGUUAUUCCAGAACAAACUAUGCCACAGGGCAUCCUGGAGACAUCCCAGAUCGAAGCACUGGCAUCAGCUGGACUUGAUUAUCACACGCCGCGGCUCUUUGAACAGCGUGAAACACAGCGCCGACUGCGAUACUGACCACUCUCUGGUCAUAUCUAACAUCAAAAUUAAACCAAAGAAAUUACACACUCUCAAGAGGAAAUGCCAGACAAGAAUUGAUGCCAGCAAGGCCUCCUGUCCCGCUAGAAAUCAAAUUCUAGUCGAGCAUCUUGCGGAGUUACUCCCUGCCGAACGGGCAGAGCGCGCAGUCGGUGGGUGGUGCUCUCUCCGCAGCGCCAUCUAUAAUGCUGCUGUCUUGGCCUAUGGCAUAAAGGAGCGAAAUGAUGCGGACUGGUUUGGGGCCAACAUCGGUGAGUUGGAACCUGCCAUCAGCAGCAAAAGAAGAGCAAUGCUUAAAUACAAAAGUGAUCCAAGCCAGCGGAACCUACAGGUAUUGAGAGCGGCUCGGAAGCGGGCCCAACAAAUGGCUCGCCGCUGCGCAAACAACUACUGGCUGCAGCUGUCGGACAGCAUUCAGUGGGCCUCAGACUCUGGCAAUGUUAGAGGCAUGUACGAGGGGAUCAAGCGAGCAACUGGGAGACCGGUGGCGAGGACGGCUCUGUUGAGGUCUAGGUCGGGCGAGCCUAUCUCCAGCAGGACCGAACAGUUGAGUAGAUGGGUUGAACAAUAUCUCGACCUUUACUCCAAUGUUAACAACGUCUCGCAGGAAGCGCUGGACGCUAUUGAGAACUUGCCUUCCCUAGAUGCUCUGGAUGCUGAACCAUCUGUCGAAGAGCUAAAAAAGCCAUCGACAUCCUUUCCUGUGGGAAGGCAGCUGGAGAAGAUGGAAUACCCCCAGAUGUCAUCAAAAGGGGGCAAGCGGGCCUUACUUGGCCCCUUACACGAGCUCUUAUGUCUUUGCUGGAGGGAGGGCCAUGUACCGCAAGACAUGCGCGACUCAAAGAUUAUCACUUUGUACAAAAACAAAGGCGAUCGUAGCGACUGCAACAACUACAGAGGGAUAUCGCUACUCAGCAUGGUGGGCAAGGUCUUCGCCCGUGUGGUGCUCGGUCGCCUACAAGCCCUCGCUGAUCUCGUUUACCCGGAAUCCCAGUGCGGUUUCAGGGCCCAGAGGGGCACAUCAGACAUGAUUUUCUCAUUACGCCAGUUGCAGGAGAAGUAUCGUGAGCAGCGGAGGCCUUUGUACAUUGCGUUCAUCGACCUGACAAAGGCAAGCGAUGGCAAACUCUUCAACUUGGCUCGUUUGAGAGCAAAAACAAAGGUCCGCGCUGUCCUCAUCAGAGAGUUGCUCUUUGCUGAUGACGCGGUGCUGUCUUCCCACACCGAGGAGGAUCUACAAAGGCUGUUGGGCUGCUUCGCUCACGCCUGCAGGGAGUUUGGCCUGACAAUCAACAUCAGGAAAACAAAUGUUAUGGGUCAGGAUGUUGUAGUGCCCCCAUCUAUCACCAUGGACGGAAAUCAGCUCGAAGUCGCCGAGCAUUUCACCUACCUGGGGUCCACCAUCAGCAACAACCUGUCCCUCGAUAGCGAGAUCGACAAGAGGAUUGCAAAAGCAUGA